CUCUCUCUCUCUCUGUCGGUUCCUUGCGUCCGGCAGUUCAGCGUUAUCUCUUUGUUAUCGCUGAUUCACUUUUGUGUUUGUGUACUGGACGGCUGGGUCCCACAAGGCGGGUAUUUUUGUGUGAAAUUUGUCUAAUCAUGAGCGGCCACGGUCAUGGUCACGGGCACGGUCACGGAUGCGACGGCGACCACGACCACGACGAGACGCCGGAGAUGGGCCUCCAGUACAGCCUCUUCUCCAAAAUAGACCUUGACAACCUCCAGUGCCUGAACGAGGCUGUCGAAGACUCAGGAAAGACCAUCUUCAAGCCUUGGGAAAGGAGGCUCGACAGAGAAUUGUUUGUUGAGAGUGAUGCAGAUGAAGAAUUGCUCAUAAAUAUACCAUUUACUGGCAACAUCAAGCUGAAAGGCAUAAUUGUGAUAGGUGGUGAAGAUCAGACUCACCCUUCAAAAAUGAAGCUGUAUAAAAAUAUACCUCGUAUGACUUUCGACGAUACGAGUGUACCCGUGGACCAAGAGUUUGAUCUCCAUCCUGAUGCAAAUGGCACGUUGGAAUAUUCGACGAUGGCGGUGAAGUUUUCAACGGUACACCAUUUGACUGUCUAUUUCCCACAAAAUUUUGGUGCCUUAACUACCAGGCUGUAUUACAUCGGGCUAAGGGGAGAAUUCACUCCGGCCCACAGACACGGUGUUACCAUUUGUUCCUAUGAGGCCAAGCCGAACGUGGCAGACCACAAGACGGAUGUUUUUAAUAUGGCGGCAAAACAAGUGCAAUGACCUCAGGCCUCAGUUCU